AUGGCAUCACAGAAGCCGAAGACACUGUAUCAAAAAAUCUUCGACUCGCACUUGAUUUCUGAAGAAGAGGACGGGACAUGUCUUAUUUACAUUGACCGUCACCUGGUCCAUGAAGUCACAUCGCCGCAAGCGUUCGAGGGCCUCCGCCUUGCCAAGCGUCCAGUGCGUCGUGUGGACUGCACACUUGCCACAGUGGACCACAACAUUCCCACUGACAGCCGCAAAGACUACAAGGACACGGAGACGUUUGUUCAAGAAGUCGAUUCGCGUCUCCAAUGUGUGACGCUUGAGCAAAACGUGAAAGAGUUUGGCCUUACCUUUUACGGUCUUACAGACACGCGCCAAGGUAUUGUGCACGUCGUAGGGCCGGAACAGGGCUUUACGGUGCCCGGUGCGACUCUCGUCUGUGGUGAUUCGCACACGUCUACGCACGGUGCAUUCGGUGUGCUUGCUUUCGGGAUUGGUACUUCGGAGGUCGAGCACGUUCUUGCAACACAGACACUGAUGCAAAAACGCAUGAAGAACAUUCUUAUUGAAGUGAAUGGCGAUAUCCCAGAGGGCGUGACUAGCAAGGACAUUAUGCUGCACGUUAUCGGUCUCAUUGGCACUGCGGGUGGCAAUGGUGGUGUUCUCGAAUUCGGCGGCUCGACCAUUCGCCAGCUCAGCAUAGAGGCGCGUAUGAGUAUGUGCAACAUGAGCAUUGAGGCAGGUGCGCGUGCGGGUCUUGUCGCUCCGGACCAAAACACGCUUGAGUACCUCAAAGGGAGGCCGCUUGUGCCCAAGGGCGAGGAGUGGGACCGCGCCGUGGAAUACUGGCUUUCGCUUCCUUCUGACCCUGGCGCAGAGUACGACAAGGUCGUCAAGAUCAACGCAAAAGAUAUCCCGCCGACUGUGACGUGGGGUACAAGUCCCCAGGACACGGUACCGAUCACUGGCUCUGUGCCUGACCCCAACAAUGCGCCAACCGAGGAGCUUGCCAGUGAAUGGGGCCAUGCGCUCAAGUACAUGGGCUUGGAGCCGAAUACGCCCAUCGAGCAAAUCAAGGUGGACAAGGUGUUCAUUGGGUCCUGCACCAACUCGCGCAUUGAGGACUUGCGCGAGGCAGCGCGCAUCCUCCACGGCCGCCGUAUUUCGGAGCAUGUGCAUGCCAUGUUGGUCCCGGGUUCAGGCCUGGUCAAGAAACAGGCCGAGGCAGAAGGCCUGGACAAGGUAUUCAAGGCCGCUGGUUUUGACUGGCGCGAGGCGGGCUGCAGCAUGUGCCUUGGUAUGAACCCAGACCAGCUGUUGCCAGGGGAGCGCUGUGCUUCCACAUCGAACCGCAACUUUGAAGGUCGCCAAGGAGCGGGCGGGCGCACACACUUGAUGAGCCCUGCCAUGGCCGCGGCUGCCGCGGUGACUGGUUACUUGACCGAUGUCCGCAAACUCACCGAAGGCAAGAUUCAUGGCUACGACGCUGCCGCGCCCAACUUUGAGAUCCUAAUCCAAGACUCAAAGCAGUUUGUCAAUGCGGACGAUUUUACGCUCGUGCCUGGUGGUGCGGCGCGCGAAGAUGCGGUAAUUGAGAAUCGGAUCGAAGAGCACAAGGAGCCGCCGUUGCACGAUGUCCCUGUUACGCCUGGUGGCAUGGAGCCGUUCCGUGUGCUCAGAGGCAUUGCCGCGCCGAUGGACCGGUCCAAUGUGAACACGGACGUGAUUAUCCCCAAGCAGUUUUUGAAAACGAUCAAGCGCACUGGCCUCGGUUCCGCACUCUUCUGGCCUUUGCGGUACGAUGUGAGCACGGGCGAGCCCAUCCCGGAGUUUGUGCUGAACCACGAACCGUACACCGAGUCAAAGAUUCUAGUGGUGGCGGGCACCAACUUUGGCUGUGGAUCCUCGCGCGAACACGCCCCUUGGUCGCUGCUCGACUUUGGCAUCCGUGCGGUCAUUGCGGAGAGCUUUGCUGACAUUUUCUGCAACAAUAUGACAAAGAACGGACAGCUGCCUGUCGUGCUGAACGCCGAGCAGAUUGGUCGUGUGUACGAAGAUGCUGCUGCCGGUCUCCCUAUUACGGUCGAUCUGGAGCAGCAAAAAGUUAUUUGUGCUGAUGGCAAGACGGCGUUUCCGUUCGAAGUUGCGCCAUUUUCGCGGCAUUGCCUGCUCAACGGCCUUGACGAUAUCGCCCUUACGCUCCACAAGGAAAAGCAGAUUUCUGCGUUUGAAAAGAGCCGCGAGAAGACGCCGUGGCUCAAUGGUGUUGUGUACGGCGAGAACAAGGAAAACCUCUUUAAAGCACGCCGCGAUACACCCAGCACGGACUGGUAA